AUGUCAGUUCAUCCAGAUCUUCACCAGCACUAUGUGCAGGCCUGCCAAAACUUGGGCCAACCUGAAAACCCCUUCAUUGCUCAUGUGCUUCAAGAAGCUGAUAAAAAUGAUAAAAUCAGAUGGGCAAAAGGGAUCACACUAAAAAUAGCUGGAAAUAAUCAUCUAGUGCCUGUGCAGAGAGUGACAGAUGACGAUCUUCAGGUUCUUGCCUCUGUCUUACACAAUACCGUAUUUGUCACAGGUUUGGAUCUUAGGUGUAAUGUAUUGACUGAUGCUGGAGCAAAGCACAUGGCAACAUUCCUCCAGGAAAACUCCACUCUGCGGUACCUUAACCUGAUGCUUAAUGAUAUUGGCACAAGUGGAGCAGUGCUGAUAGCGAAAGCACUCCAUAGGAAUGAAACUCUGGUGUAUUUGAGAAUGACUGGGAACAAAAUAGGAAACAAAGGUGGGAUGUUCUUUGCUUCAAUGCUACAAAUUAAUUCAACCUUGGAGAAACUGGAUCUUGGAGACUGUGAUAUGGGUACGCAGUGUCUAAUAGCAAUAGCAACAGCCCUGACUCAGAACAAAUCAGUCAAAGCGAUAAACCUAAAUCGUCCUUUACUAUACAGCCAAGAGGAAGAGACCACAGUUCAUGUAGCUCUGAUGUUGAAAAAUAACUCUUCUCUUGUGGAACUACAUUUGUGCAAGCACGAAAUGAAAAACUUUGGUGUAGAGCAACUGUGUGAGGCACUGUAUGAAAACGCCAGCCUGAGAUACCUUGAUCUUAGCUGUAAUAAAAUAACCCGUGAUGGUGUAAAAAUCUUGGGAGAACUUCUAAAGCGAAACCAAACCCUGGAAAUCCUAGAUCUUAGUGCAAACCGAAUAGAAGAUGAUGGAGCCAUCUACCUGAGUGACGCCUUGGCUUUGCACAACAGGACUCUUCGGGCGUUGUCAGUAGUAAGCAACAACAUAAGCGGCAAAGGACUUGUAGCUCUUUCAGAUGCAAUGAAAACAAACAUGGAACUUGCCUAUAUUUACAUUUGGGGGAACAAAUUUGAUGAAGCCACCUGUAUGGCAUUUUCAGAAUUAAUUCAGACGGGCCGCUUGAAACUUAAUUGUACAGACGUGGAACCGUAUGAAGUGGAUGGGCACGUUCACCUUGCGGAGCUCUCCCACGGCCUGAAGAAGCAUUACUACUGGACACCGCGUUGUGGGGAGGUGACGAACAAAGAUGCUAACGCCAGUCUGGCGAUUGCGGCGGUUUCAGAACACUUGUGAGUGAGGU